GAGCGUGCGAGACGAAGCUGACGACCUUGAAGAGGACUUCGUCUGUCUUCCUUUAAACCUCAUCGCUCUGUUCCAAGGAAGGGCUCUCGGUUUGGGUUUGGCGGCGCACUUCGGGUUUGUUCCUUGGGUUGCAUUGCAGAGCAGCCAUGGAGGAUAUCUGCGAGGGCAAGGAGUACUCCUUCCCUAAUCAGGAGGAGAAGACGCUGCGUCUGUGGGAGGAAUUGAAUGCGUUCGAGACGCAGCUCAAGCGGACUGAGGGCAAGCCCGAGUACAUUUUCUACGAUGGGCCGCCGUUCGCGACAGGGUUGCCGCACUACGGCCACAUCCUCGCAGGUACUAUCAAAGACAUCGUCACGCGCUACCAGACCGCCACAGGCCAUCACGUUACUCGCCGAUUCGGCUGGGAUUGCCAUGGUUUGCCUGUGGAGUACGAGAUCGACAAGAAGCUGGGGAUCAAGGGCAAAAGCGACGUGCUCGAACUGGGUAUUGGGAAUUACAACGAGGAGUGCCGCAGCAUUGUGAUGCGGUAUAGUCAGGAAUGGGAGAAGACCGUCACACGGAUGGGCCGCUGGAUCGACUUUCAAAAUGACUAUAAGACGAUGAACCCUGAGUUCAUGGAGUCCGUGUGGUGGGUAUUCAAGCAGCUGUAUGAGAAGGGAUACGUGUAUCAGGGUCUCAAGGUUAUGCCUUAUAGUACUGGAUGUACAACGGUGCUGUCCAAUUUUGAAGCUGGUCUUAAUUACAAGGAUGUGUCAGAUCCUGCAGUCAUGGUUGCGUUUCCAUUGGUGGACGAUGCAGACAAAGCUUCGAUGGUAGCCUGGACUACUACUCCCUGGACACUUCCUAGUAACUUGGUUUUGUGUGUGAAUGCCAACCUCACUUACUCUAAGGUGCGAAACAAAACGACAGGUGCCGUUUACAUAGUAGCAGAAUCAAGGUUAUCUCAGCUCCCAAGCACAAAGACAAAGGGAUCCUCAGCUGCAAAGGUUAAGGCUGACCCGGCUAAGGAUGCUCCGACGGACAAUGGUGCUGCAAAGAAAGGAGACAAGAAAGGAGAUAAGAAAGGAGCGGGUCAUGUAGCAGAACAGACAACUGCACCUGUUGAUUCUAGCACAUAUGAGGUCCUUGACCAGUGCAAGGGUAUUGCUUUAGUAGGGAAGAAGUAUAAACCCUUAUUUGAUUAUUUCUUGGCCUUCUCAGACACUGCCUUCAAGGUGGUGGCAGAUAAUUACGUCAGUGAUGAUAGUGGAACUGGAGUAGUACAUUGUGCUCCCGCAUUUGGAGAGGACGAUUAUCGUGUUUGCUUGGCGAAUGGGGUCAUCCAGAAGGGCCCUAAUCUUCCCAAUCCAGUCGAUGGCGAUGGUAAAUUUACCGCGGAAGUACCCGAAUUUCAAGGCCGAUUUGUUAAAGAUGCAGACAAGGAAAUCAUUGCUGCUCUUAAGGCCAAUGGCAGGUUGUUGAGUGUCGGUAGUAUCAUGCAUUCCUACCCGUACUGCUGGAGAUCAGAAACCCCACUUAUUUAUAAAGUGGUUCCCAGCUGGUAUGUAGCUGUGGAACAAUUUAAGGACCGGCUUAUUGAAAACAACAAACAUACGUAUUGGGUUCCAGAUUCUGUGAAGGAGAAGAGAUUUCACAACUGGCUUGAGAAUGCCCGUGACUGGGCUGUCAGUCGCACUCGGUUCUGGGGUACCCCUCUGCCCAUUUGGCGCAGUGAUGAUGGAGUCGAUACUGUAGUUAUUGGCUCAAUCCAAGAGCUUGAAGAGCUUUCAGGCUUCAAGGCUACAGAUUUGCAUCGUCAUCACAUUGACCACGUUACAAUCCCCUCACCGCGAGGGCCCGAGUAUGGAGUCUUGAAGCGUGUUGAGGAUGUUUUUGACUGCUGGUUUGAGAGCGGAUCCAUGCCAUAUGCUUACAUUCACUACCCUUUCGAGAAUCAAGAACUGUUUGAGAGAAACUUUCCUGGUCAUUUUGUUGCUGAAGGACUUGAUCAGACUCGUGGAUGGUUCUACACAUUGAUGGUACUAUCAACAGCUUUGUUUGACAGACCUGCAUUUCAGAAUCUGAUUUGCAAUGGUUUAGUAUUGGCCGAAGAUGGCAAAAAGAUGAGUAAGCGGCUCAAUAAUUACCCACCCCCAACUGACAUCAUCAACGAAUAUGGCGCUGAUGCAUUGAGAUUGUAUCUCAUAAAUUCUCCUGUUGUAAAGGGAGAGCCGCUCAGGUUUAAAAGGGAAGGUGUUUACUCUGUGGUGAAAGAUGUUUUCCUACCGUGGUAUAAUGCGUACAGGUUUCUUGUGCAAAAUGUGAAGAGGUUAGAUGCAGAAGGACUAGAGCCCUUUAAACCUCUUGAUCGGGCUGUCUUGCGGCAGUCUCCCAAUGUAUUGGAUAGAUGGAUCAACUCAGCCAGUCAGAGCCUUGUGACCUUUGUUCGUCAAGAGAUGGAAGCCUACCGUUUGUACACGGUUGUACCAGUUCUGCUCAAAUUUAUUGACAAUUUGACCAACGUAUACGUUCGAUUUAACCGCAAGCGAUUGAAAGGUCGCACUGGGGAUGGUGACAGUCGUGUUGCAUUGUCUACAUUGUAUUUCGUACUAUUGACAACCGUCAAGGCUAUGGCACCGUUCACCCCCUUCUUCACAGAGGGAAUGUACCAAAACCUACGCCUUGCAUUACCCGAGGCAGAAGAGAGUGUACACUACUGCGCCUUUCCGGAGGUGGAGAGUGAGACUGACUACAUGUUUGUCUGUUUCUGGAAACAGAUGGAUAAACGGAUCGAACAGAGCGUCACAAGAAUGAUGUCGGUCAUUGAUCUUGCUCGCAAUAUUAGGGAACGCCACAACAAGCCCCUCAAAACUCCACUCAAGGAGAUGGUGGUCGUUCACUCUGAUACCAACUUCCUUGACGAUAUUACGGGCUCCCUUGGCGAGUAUGUACGAGAGGAGCUUAAUGUGCGGAACAUCGUGGCUUGUAAUGAUCUUCUCAAGUUCGCAUCUCUGCGAGCAGAGCCUGAUUACAGUGGACUUGGAAAGAAGCUUGGAAAGGCUAUGGGAUUAGUUGCCAAGGAAGUUAAGGCAAUGACUCAAGCUCAGAUUCUAGAAUUCCAAAAGGCUGGAGAAGGCACUUUUGCCGGUCACAAGCUUGGGUUUCAAGACAUAAAGGUUAUCAAUGACUUCAAACCGCCUGAUGGUGUUGAUAAAGCGGAUAUUGAUGCAGCUGGAGAUGGAGAAGUGCUGGUGGUGCUUGAUUUGAGACCGGAUGGCAGUCUCCUUGAGGCAGGUUUCGCUCGGGAAGUUGUGAAUAGAGUUCAGAAACUGCGAAAGAAAGCAGGCCUAGAGCCCACUGACACCGUGGAGAUUUUUUAUGAUGUCCACGAGAACGUUACGGGCAGCGAUCCUUCGGUUCUGAAACGAAUUUUUCAAUCACAGGCAAGCUACAUGACAGAAACAGUUGGUUCUCCAAUUGUUGCAAGCCAACACCUUCCACAUCAUGCGGUAAUUAUUGCCUCAGAAGAGUACCACGGAGUGGCUGGUGGUUCUUUCAAAAUCACCUUGACCAGGCCUGCAUUAUCAUUUUCUAUGGAUCUUCUCUCUGAUCUUUGCUCAGGUGAUAAAGCGUGUGCCGAAAAUUUGACAGUUGUAUUACGGUCUAGAGAUCCUGCAAAGCUUAGAUCUGAAGUUUCUUCGAACAAGAAGUUGAAGGUUGCAAUUGACGGCCUCGGGGAGUAUGAAGUGGAGGAGGGGAAACACUUUUUCUUCUCAGUUGCGGAUCAUGUUCGUGCAAGAAAAGUUUAGAGUAUUGCAUGAUAUUAUUUUAGUUUUGUGUCACAUUCAUAGAUUUUGGAGUAUUUAUCCAUGAUCUAGUUGUUAUGAUGGAAUGAUAUCUGAUAUAAUUUUUGCAGGCUCAAACCUUGCAUUCUUCAUUAUA